AUGACAGGAUGUAUUGCAAAAUCUGAUGGAGGAUGUAUUGCUAGGUUAGCAAGAAGCUGUUCAUAAUAAUAGGGAACUAUUGAAACUUGUUCUAGUUUUAGUGGUGGUUUGUAAGUGUUAUCAGAAUGGACAAAGGUUGGAUGCACAAAGUAUGAUGCCUGCUAAGAUAGAGUAUGUGCAUACAAAACAAAUCCCUAGUAAGCUUCAGAUUGUACAGAUUAUCAAUCAACUUGUAGAUUUUUAAAGGCUGGAUCAGCAUGUAUUGAUGCAGCUGCUUGUAGUAAUUACAGUACUCCUGAUACUGCAACAAACGACCAAUAGAAGUUUGAUUAUUGUACAAAUAUCAAAGAUAAUAAUGGGUUACUUUGCGGAUGGACCUCAGGAACAAAGUGUGCAGCUAGAACUUGUGAUCAAUUCUUGAGCACUUAUACAACUACAUUAACUUGUGUUACUUAUUUAUAAAAAAAUGUUUCAUCUUCAACAGAUACAACUUGUAAAUUAGCAGGAACAUUUUUUUAUUCACCAGAUAAGGCUAAUUGUGAUUAUGCAUUUCCCACUGGAAUUGACACAGAUGCCAAAAAAUUAACUCAAUGUUAGAAAUUUAUGAAUGCCUCUGGAGUUUAUUGUUCAUUUAAAACUGGAGAUGCAACUUGCACUUUGUAGAAUAGCUGUGAAAAAGUAAUAACUUAAACGUCUGCUUAAGUUUGUAAUGACACUUUAGGGUAUGGUAAAGGAAUAUGCUAAAAAGUAACUAAUUCAGGUUGCUUAUCAACUGUUGCAUCUUGUGCAAGUUAUACCUUAGAUUCAAAAUUAAGUGAUGCUAAUAAAAAAUCUGUUUGCGAAUCUUUGAAAUUUGUUAAUAAUGUAAACAAUUUUGGUUAAGGAACAGCAAUAUAUACUGAAUGUACAUGAUCAGCUGGUAAUUCAUGUGCAGCAUAUACUUGUGCUACUAUCGCCUCAGCUACAAGUUAAAAAGAUUGCGACAGCAAAGUAGCAGGAUGUUAUUAUUAUUCUGGAAAAUGUUAUGCAUCAGUUGGCUCUUGUCCAACAUCAUUUUCAUCUGAUUUGGACACAGAUACUAAAAAAGCACAUUAUUGUAAGUCAGUAUAUGAAACUGAUAAAGGAUUUUGUGAAAUAAUGCCUGAUGGCUUAGGUUGCCAAACUGGAGCAAAUACUACUUGUGUCCUAACUUUAACUGAUGUUUGGACUGGAGCAAAUUUUGAUGGAGCAACUAAAACAACUGCUGCAUUUUGUAUUACAUAAUCAACUUAAGAUAAAUCUAAAUAUUGUAUUAGUGAAGAUGCAACCAAGUGCAAAGUAGGAACAUGUGAAAAUAUUCCAAACCCAACCGGUUAAGGAGAUUGUGAUUUACAUUUAAUUGGAUGUGUAUACUCAGCUAGUAAAUGUAGAACACCAAAAAGUAUUACUACUGCUUCAUCAGACUGUGCUAAUACAACUAAAAUCCCUUUUACUGAUGUCUCAAGUUUGGCUUCAAGUGCCAAAACAGCCUAUUGUUAAAUCUUUUCAAAAGAUUUACUAAGUGAAUUCUGCACUUACGACGAAUAUAAUGGAUCCACCUAAUCAGCUUGUGUAGCUGUGAUACAUAUACAACAUUACCCUCCGAUGACACAGCUAAAUAAACUUAUUGUUUGAGUAAAAUAAAUGGCAGUGGUAAGAAAUGUGGAUUUACAGCUGGAAACUCUGCAAGCAGAGAUUUCGAUUGCUAGAAUAUUUAAAGUCCAACAUCUUAAGUUGAUUGUGACAUUUCAUCAAACUCAUUAAAAUGUGUUUAUUUUAGAGGAACUUGUGUAAAAAGUGAAGCUUCCUGUGAAAAUAUUCCAGCUAUUGGAACAACAUCAGAUGAUAAAAGAUCCUACUGCUCAAAUCUAGGACUUACAGAUAAAUGUACUUAUACAGCUGGUGCUAACUGUGCGAAGUAAGAUGUAUGCACUACAUAUGACGUGACAAAUGCAACAGAUAAACUAGCUGCUUGUGUAGCUUUAACUGAUGGGACGAAUAAAUGCAUAUUUAUUCAAGGUACAAAGUGUAUCACAUAGGAUACUUGCGAUAAAUAUGAUGGAACAACUACACCAGCACUUGGUCCGGAAUCUGGUUAAGAAGAAACAUAAUGCAAAACAGUUAAAUCAAAAACCAAUUAUCCAUGCAUGAAAGAUAGUGAAAAGAAAUUUAAAGCCUAGGCUUGUACUGAUAAUGACUCCAGUGCUACAGAUUGUGCUAAUAAUGCAGAUAACUGUCUUUAUUAUACAAGUAAAUAUAUUGCUAAAGAUACUUGUGCAAAUUAUGCAGUAUAAGGUGCUGAUGAUGCAGCAAAAUAAAUAUGGUGUGAGGGAGUUUUAUAUUCAUCAGGAGAUUUAUGUGCUUGGGACUCUACAAAUAAAAAAUGUAAAGAUAGAGUAUUUAGUGAUAAAUAAUUUUAGACAGACUUUGAUUGUUAAAGUUACCUCAAGUCUUGCAAGACAAAUGGUUAAGCAUGUGUUAGCACUUCUACUCAAUGUAGCACAAUUAAUGGUUCGUCAGAUUUCUGCAAUGCUUUGUUAGAUUAAACAGGAAAAGAUAAAUGCAAACCAAUAGCUACUGCUACUACUGCAUCUUCAGCAUGUGCAAACAAAAAAUGUUAUGACAAUGUUACAUCUACAUCUGAUUCUGAAUGUGACUCAUAUUUAGCUGGAUGUGUCACACGUGGAACAGGUUGCAUUCCAAAUACAGAACCUUGCACAUCAUAUAGAGGAACUAAAUAAUAAUGUGAAUAAUUCACAAAUUCAUUGGAUUAGAUACUAAUAAGAAUCCAACUUAUGAAUAUUGUUCUGGAGAUGCUGGUAAUACUGCCACUGGAAAAUGUAAAGUAAGAACUUGUGCUGAUAACACUACAGCCACAUCAGAUGCUGAAUGUGCUACAUAUUUGAAAGGUUGUAUUACAAAGGGAACUGGAUGUGUUGAUGCAACAUCAUCAUGUAGUGCAUUUAAAGGAGAUUAAGCCACUUGUGCUAAAUUCAUGGGAAGUUCAGGAAAGGAUUAUUGCUGGAACACUUCAGCUGCAUUAGCUACAGCUACUUGUGCAAAGAAGAAAUGCAGUGAUAUUACUGGUAAAAACAAUAAGGAAUGCAGUGAUGGUAUGACACCAUUCAAGACUACAGAUGACCCCUUCUGUGUCUACGAUGGAACUGGAUGUAUUGAUUAUGGAAAGAAUUGCAGUACAUUCAAUGGAACUGAAGAAACAUGCCCAACAUAUUUGGCUAAAGAUGGUCCAUGCAAAGCUACUACAGUUGGAACAAUCAAAGGUAUAUGUGCUAAGAAAGUAUGCAUAGAAGCACCAAAUACACUUGCAUCUGAUGCUGAUUGUUAGAAAUAUCAUAAGGAUUGUGUAACUACUGGUUACGGAUGCACUGCUACUAAAUCCUGCAGCAAUUUGACAUCACAAGCUGCAUGUAAAUUAAGAGAAGAAUGUACAUGGGCAAAUUAAUGUACAGCUUCCAUUACAACAUGUGCCACUUAUAACAAUACUAGUUACUCUUAAUGUACCAAUUCUAAAGUUGAUGGUAAGUUUUGUGCUUGGUAAGAAUCUUAUUCAACAUGCAGAGCUCAAACAUGUGAGGAUUAAUCGGUAACUAUAGCUUCUCAUGCUCAAUGUUAAAUCUUUGCUGCUAAUUGCACUACAUCAGGAGCUGGUUGUUUAACUAUUUCAACUUGUGCAUCAUACAAAACUCAAUCUGUCUGUUUAGCUGCUUCAACUUCUAAAGAUGGAAUAGGUAGAUGUGGUUGGGACGCCGCAACAAAUAAAUGCAGAGCGAGAAUUUGCGGUGACAAGAAUGGUUUAACUGAUGAUGAAUGUAAUACUUUCCUUGCAGGAUGCAAGACAAAUGGAUCAAGCUGUGUUGCUGGAGCUUCAUGUACUGAAUUUUCUAAUAAAUAAUUCUGUAUCAAAUCUAACUAUAGUCCAUGCCUUUGGGUUAAUGGAUCAUGUUAUGAUUAUGACAGAUGUGAAGAUGCUAUCAAAAAGACCCAUACAGAAUGUUAAGCAUUCUCACCAUUAUGCACAACCAAUGGAGAUACAUGUAUUCCAAUUACUAAUUGUGCCAGCACAACAUUAAAAGCCUCAUGUGUUUUAGGAACUGAUGGAGCUUGUGGAUGGUUACCAACUGGAAAAUGUUAGAAGUUCGGAUAAUGCACAGAUGCUGUUGCUGCUACCAAUGAUGAAUGUCUCUCAUAUGGACCAACAUGUAUUACUGAUGGAACUGCUUGUAUUGCCAAAGCCACUUGUGCUACCUACAAGACAUAAACAGCUUGUAAUAACCUUGGAACUGAUGGUAUCUGUUAUUGGAAUGCCACAGCUAAUACUUGAAAGUUAAAGGAAUGCGGAGAUGAGUAAAAGGGUACAAAUGACUAAUGUAAACUGAUUUCUGUGACAGGAGGAUCAUGCACAACUGAUGGAACCAAAUGUAUUCCAUUGUCAACUUGCUCAAGCUAUGUUGAGGCUGGAUGUUUCACAGGAACUGAUGGAGAAUGCAUUUUUGCAUUACAAAUUGGGACCACAACAGGAACUAAGACUUGUAGAUUAAAGUAAUGUGAAGAUAUCACUGGAGGAACAUCAAAUGCUAAUUGUAUGGGUAUUAUUUCUGGAAAGGCUUGUGUGUCCAAUGGAACAAGUUGCAUCGCUAAGGCUGUUUGCUCAACAUAUAAGACGAUAACAUCUUGUAAUUGAGGCGGCUUAGAAAAUAAUAAAUCAACUGUUUGUGCUUUCACUCCUACAGGAACUGAUAAGGUUAAUGGAACAUGCAAGACUUUUUCAGCAUGUGUUGAUGCUAGCAAAGAUAAAUUGGCUUGCACAACCAAUCCAUCGUGCAAAUGGACUGAAAACUCAACAGGAACAUCUUGUGCUAGUCAUACAUGUGAUACCUUUGCCACAGGAACUGAUUGUCAACCAAUUCCAAGUUUCGAUGGAGCCUCAUCCACUGUUUGUGUUCUUUAAAGCGUAAAAUGUGCUGCUGCUGACCCAGGAACCAUGACUGAUUCCAAGAUUUGCUACACUAAAUCAGCAUACACUUAUAGUUGGAACGCCAUUUCUAAUAAAUGCGAAAGUUGUAUUGCAGGAUCUGUCACUCCAAAUAAUUCAAACGGUACUAACAAUGAAACAGAUAAUGGAACAACUACCACCGAUAGUGCUUACGUCUUGUCAGUUAUUUCACUAGGUCUUUUAGGAUUAAUNAUGAAUGUAAUACUUUCCUUGCAGGAUGCAAGACAAAUGGAUCAAGCUGUGUUGCUGGAGCUUCAUGUACUGAAUUUUCUAAUAAAUAAUUCUGUAUCAAAUCUAACUAUAGUCCAUGCCUUUGGGUUAAUGGAUCAUGUUAUGAUUAUGACAGAUGUGAAGAUGCUAUCAAAAAGACCCAUACAGAAUGUUAAGCAUUCUCACCAUUAUGCACAACCAAUGGAGAUACAUGUAUUCCAAUUACUAAUUGUGCCAGCACAACAUUAAAAGCCUCAUGUGUUUUAGGAACUGAUGGAGCUUGUGGAUGGUUACCAACUGGAAAAUGUUAGAAGUUCGGAUAAUGCACAGAUGCUGUUGCUGCUACCAAUGAUGAAUGUCUCUCAUAUGGACCAACAUGUAUUACUGAUGGAACUGCUUGUAUUGCCAAAGCCACUUGUGCUACCUACAAGACAUAAACAGCUUGUAAUAACCUUGGAACUGAUGGUAUCUGUUAUUGGAAUGCCACAGCUAAUACUUGAAAGUUAAAGGAAUGCGGAGAUGAGUAAAAGGGUACAAAUGACUAAUGUAAACUGAUUUCUGUGACAGGAGGAUCAUGCACAACUGAUGGAACCAAAUGUAUUCCAUUGUCAACUUGCUCAAGCUAUGUUGAGGCUGGAUGUUUCACAGGAACUGAUGGAGAAUGCAUUUUUGCAUUACAAAUUGGGACCACAACAGGAACUAAGACUUGUAGAUUAAAGUAAUGUGAAGAUAUCACUGGAGGAACAUCAAAUGCUAAUUGUAUGGGUAUUAUUUCUGGAAAGGCUUGUGUGUCCAAUGGAACAAGUUGCAUCGCUAAGGCUGUUUGCUCAACAUAUAAGACGAUAACAUCUUGUAAUUGAGGCGGCUUAGAAAAUAAUAAAUCAACUGUUUGUGCUUUCACUCCUACAGGAACUGAUAAGGUUAAUGGAACAUGCAAGACUUUUUCAGCAUGUGUUGAUGCUAGCAAAGAUAAAUUGGCUUGCACAACCAAUCCAUCGUGCAAAUGGACUGAAAACUCAACAGGAACAUCUUGUGCUAGUCAUACAUGUGAUACCUUUGCCACAGGAACUGAUUGUCAACCAAUUCCAAGUUUCGAUGGAGCCUCAUCCACUGUUUGUGUUCUUUAAAGCGUAAAAUGUGCUGCUGCUGACCCAGGAACCAUGACUGAUUCCAAGAUUUGCUACACUAAAUCAGCAUACACUUAUAGUUGGAACGCCAUUUCUAAUAAAUGCGAAAGUUGUAUUGCAGGAUCUGUCACUCCAAAUAAUUCAAACGGUACUAACAAUGAAACAGAUAAUGGAACAACUACCACCGAUAGUGCUUACGUCUUGUCAGUUAUUUCACUAGGUCUUUUAGGAUUAAUGGCAUGA